UUGUAGAUCAACACAGCCGCUGUGUUGAUCAGUUCAGUUUGAACGAUUAGUGCGCAAGUCGUUCGUCGUCGUUGUCGUUGCCAAUUGGUGUGCGACUUGCUUACGGACUUCGGUGUGUCCUUUGCCCGUCUGACGAAUCCUGUCGCGUCGUGAACGAUUUUAUUUUUGCUGUUUGUGUGGGAAGCGGUAUUGUGUUUUGUGCCAACUAGCUACUAACGCGCGAAUCGUUCGAACUGUCGGUAUAAACGAAAGUAGUAAUCAAAACAUUGCGCACUGUUGUUAGCUGUUAUCUAGUGGCCAAAAAUUUCAAAUCCUUCACGCUACGUUACAAAGUGCACAGUAUGCCGGGAAGGGAUGGUUAUGAGCCGAGUUAUGGUGCGAUCGUGGGUGCGUACAAGUCGCCAGUUGUAGUGUCCCCGCAAGCCAGCACGCAACAUCGUCAGGAGCAACACCAUCAGCAAAGUAUCGAUAACGGAAGUAAACAGACGGAAUCACGAUCGCAACCUAACGAUAGCGCUGCGGACAGCAAUAUCGGCCGAUCUGCGUCUGACACGGAAUCUCCGGCAGCACAUCUGGCAUCUCGCGUGGAAAGUGAUCGUGCACGUGAAGUUGGUGAUAGGGAAACCGGUGAAAGUGAUAUCAAUAGAACGACACACGAACACAACCCCUUGCCAGGGAACACCUCAGAAGCCGGUACUCCACCGAGCAGUAAUACUCCCUCAGUGAUAACUUCCUGCUCAAAGUUACUGUUAGGAUCUGAUCCGGUGAAGGUGCCGUCGUACGGAUCGGAUCAUCAUCAGGAAGCUAGCCCGGGGUCUAGUUCUCCACCCCGUUUCUCUACCCUUCAAACUGUCAUUAACAGUGGUGGAGGAGCUGGCUAUGCACCUUACCAGCAUCAUUGGCCGUGCGAUUUAAGCUAUAAACCUGUUGAUCAUCGACCCAACUCCCCUCCGAGUGAAUCUUCCGCGGGAGAGCUUUCGCGCCAACAGCAUACUCCGCCGAGGGCAGUGUAUAUAGGCGAUCCGGACCCGGGUGUAUCUUCAUCCCCUUCGGGUCAUAUCACCGUUGUGAGCCAUCUAAACCCAUUGGUGUGUUCAAACGAUCCUUCACUAAUAAGCGGCAUGCGUGGAAGUCUGCUUUCGAUGUAUCCUUCCUAUGCGUCACCGCUAGGCAGUGGACCGCACCAUCAUGAUCACUUGGAUGAGGCGGCAGUUCUGCAACAUCAUGUACAUGCUCAGGAUUCGCAUCUUCGAGGCGACGACGAAAUGUCCGCGAUUCAUCAUCAUCUGCAUCAACAUCAUCAGCAGCAGCAACAGCAGCAUCAUCACUCCCAACAUCAUCAUCAUCAUCAUCCGCAUGAAGUGAUCGCUCCACAGCACACCAUCGAUGAUAUGAUUGCCGACACGCUGAAAGACGAACAGUGUGGGAUCGUGGACAGUUACCUGACGCCCGCUUUGGUGAGCGAUCAUCACCAACAUCUAGCGGACUCACCUACACAUCAUAGUGUACAGCAGCAUCACCACCAGCAGCUAGCGCAACAUCACCUGCAACAACACGGUCACGGGAUGCACGAAGCGAAGGAGUAUGCCAACAUUUAUCAUAACAACAACGACAAGAGUGUCAUCAACUAUAAUCACGCAGCCGCGGUCGUAGCGCAUCACCAGCAGCAGUCGGAACAUCACCAGCAGCAGCAGCAGCAGCAGCACAAUCACACCCAUACCAAUAGCGGUGGCGAGUCGCGAAGUCCCGAGUAUUCGCACGCGCAUGACGAGUACGAUGGCGGAUUGCAGAGCUUCACUCAGUUGAUUAAUGUGCCUCGAGCGAGCGAUACGGCGUCGUCGAUGUACCACCGGCACCAAAUGUCAGCAGAGGCUGCAGCGGCCGUUGCAGCUAGCGUAUCAUCGAACGGUGGUCAUACACCGACCACGACCACCUCUUCGCCCGGUCCUUCCGAGCAUCUGAGCCAUCUGGGUGUAACGGGAUCAACGGCGGUCAGCUCGGUGCUGCUACAUUCGGUUGCAAAUGGUGGCCAGGAACCGGGUUCUGGUGCCGGGUCCGAUGGAAGUCUCUCCCUGUACGACACACUUCAACCGAGCGUUCUUUCGGGCGGUCCUUCGUACGGUCGCUGUUCGUUCCCGAACAUGCAGUACUUCAACGGAACCUCCACCGAUCAUCUUUGGUCGAGCGGCGUUUCCGGCAUGGAGAGUGAGUACAUGAAAGGUGCCCUUCCUGCCUUCCAGCGGAUCGUUUCCGGUACUAACCCGUCGCGUGCCAAUCCCUACAGUGCCGUCUCGACGUCCUAUCCUCAACAGAAUGAUACAUGGUCGCAACAUUACGACGCAAACAGCAUUGCGUACAGCGUGGCAACAUCCAGUACGACACCGGCAACGACGAACAGACGGUCAGCAGUAGCCACGACCACGACAACGCACUUCCCAGCGGCCGCUUCACUUACAGCACUGGGCCUCGAUGCGGACUUGUUUACGGAGGGACGUGAGUGUGUCAACUGUGGCGCCAUCCAUACGCCCCUCUGGCGUCGCGACGGAACUGGCCACUAUUUGUGUAACGCGUGCGGACUCUAUCACAAGAUGAACGGCAUGAAUCGUCCGUUGGUGAAACAACCAAGACGUUUGGUAAAAGAUCCUAGCUCUGCAAGACGAGUAGGACUGCAGUGUUCUAACUGCAACACAACCAACACAUCGCUCUGGCGUCGCAAUCAGGUCGGAGAGCCGGUUUGCAAUGCGUGCGGAUUGUACUACAAGUUGCACAAUGUGAAUCGACCACUGGCAAUGAAGAAAGAUAAUAUACAGUCCCGUAAGCGUAAACCGAAAGGAAGCAAAAAUAGCGAUGGCAGCAAGAGUAACGCAAGUAACGCAUCGAAUAACCGCCAAACCAAUUCGAGCAGUAGCAGCAUAUCCGAGACACCGAAGAAACAAGAUGGUAUAAAACUGAUGAAUAUUGCGGAAAACUCUACCUUCGAAAAGCUUAUUCCAACAUCACCGUCAAGCGAGGGCAGCAACCAAUCCCCUGCGCACCAUAAUCAUAUGUCACCGAUUUGCUACACCCAGCAGGUGCCUUCGCCAAUCACCAGCACCUCUUCAAGCGGUGCCAUUGUUAACAGCAGCAAAUACAGCCAACAAUCCAAGUCGGGCAAUGCUUUCAUGCUUCCUUCGCCCACACCGAUGAACAUGUUCGUUGGCAGUCCAACUGGUGGUGUAUCCGGUCAGCAUCAUCACCAUCCAUCUUCUGCUGGGCCACUAAGUCCUGUGGGUUAUAGCAUGGCUGGAGUCGGUGCUGGACAUGGCAAUAAUAAUAACGGCUCUAUCGUAAGCUCCAAAUAUCAUCAAAGCCCACCGCAAUCACCGGAGGACAUGCUGUACUAUGAUAUGCUGCCGGCCGAUGUGAACGGUGCCGUCGAUCAGCAUGCUCUCGGCACAAUCGUCAAAAUGGAACCAUUGGGUGGAAGUCAUUAUGCAGGUUACCAGCAAACAUUACAACACGAUGGAAUUGGUACAUCCCUGGGACAUAAUCAGCAUGGACCGGGUGGAGCGCACAGUCACAGCCGCAGUCCUUCGGUGGCCGAUGAUGAAAGUGAGCAGGUUCAUGGGCAGCAGGAUAUGAUCGAGAGUAAGCACAGCAUCAAUCGCCCAACCGUGGUGUCGAUGUCCAGAUAAAUGGGCUAAAUGUACUACAGUUUUCAUCGCAAACGGUUCAUCGCACAUGCAGAUCCGCGAAUCUCAUAUUGGGCGUUUUGCUGCGUUCUUUCUGGCUCUGCCAUCAGGGAAGCUUACGAUACCAAAUGAACUGAAUAACACAAAAGACUCGACGAAUGUUAAACAUAUCUUAAGCAAAUUAGUUUUACAUUACGAUAGUUAAUAUUACACUAGCACAAACAACAUUUUUGGGGGAUAGUGCAAGUUUGAUGCGAAUUGAUGGGAAGAGAAUAAUUUUAAUAGUGGACGAAGAGACAUAUUAACAUAUCCUAGAUUCGUUUAUGUUACUUCCUAAUAGUGCAACAAAAAAAAAAAAACAAAAACUGGACAGAUCAAACACUUUUCGAUCAUUUGGUAAAAUACUUACCAAUGUAUGGACUAGAUAGAAGGAUAAUUAAACGAAGUUAUUCGUUUAAUCAUCUCAAUGUAUCUAUCGAAUUAGAACUUAAGACAUAGUAGGAAAAUUUUAUGAUCUGAUCGAAUAUUGGGUAAAUACAAUGUUGCUUGCUCCUGGAUAGAGCAGGCACAAUUAUAAGUAGCUGUAAAUAAUGUUCACUAACUUCUGUAGAGGUUAGGCGAACAAAUGUACAUAACAUAACAGCUCUCUUGAUACUUCGUAAUCGUUCCAAAUUUGUUCGACAUGUAGAGCAAUCUAACGUUAAGUUUAACAGGAGAUCUGAAAUUAUUAGUGUGUUGCAAUCGGUGUAGAAACCUAGUUGAAUGUUGUAUCAUAUGAUUGUUUGGAUGUCUUUUCCUCAAGAUUAGAGUAGGAUGUGUGUUAUGUUUGAUUAAAAACAAUGACUCCUAAUAAUUUUAAAUGUUUAAAAUAUGCAAACUAUGAAUAAAUAUAAGCUUGUACACAA